CAUUCCAUUUGUCCACAACAGCCUAUAUAAAUAAGGGUGAUGAGAUUUCAAAAUCCAUAGCUAAGCCUCAGUACACAAACAAGCUUUCCGCAUUACCAGCCUGCUCACUUGCAUAGUUUUUCUGAAAAGCCUUUAGCUUUCAACUGGAUUUCAUUUCACCCUUGGCUACAUUGCAACUUAUUUUGCUGCUCUUCAUAUAGCAGUUGUUCCAAUCUUCUGCUUCUUUUUGUCAAAUCAUACGGACCUGAUUCAAAUGGAUAGGGUAAAGGAUUUGGCAUCAAAGAAGGCUGCUGUGAUAUUCACCAAGAGCUCAUGUUGCAUGUGCCACAGCAUCAAACAACUCUUCUAUGAGCUUGGCGCCAGCCCUGCAAUUCAUGAGCUUGACCAAGUUACCAAUGGGAAGGAAAUGGAGUAUGCUCUACGAGGGCUAGGAUGUAAUCCCUCAGUCCCAGCUGUGUUCAUAGGAGGAAAGUAUGUAGGCUCAGCAAAAGACAUCAUAUCCCUCCAUGUUGAUGGGUCUCUCAAACAAAUGCUCAUAGAUGCCAAGGCCAUCUGGUUCUAGUAAUUGCAAAAGAAGUCUCAAUAUAUGCUAGUUAAGUCUGUAGAAAUAUGAUAAAAGCUCUAAUACCAUGUUGAAAACAAUGUUUUAUAAGGCUUUUGAUUUUUCUUUAGUUUCCUAGCAAACUGUGAAGACAGUUAUACACUACAUGAAAAUAGCCUUCCGACAUCUGUUCUUCAAAACCUUGACAAAGGAUUUGAAUUUUAUUGAUAGAUACAAAAAUCAACUCAUGAGCAUGUGUGCACAUGCAGUUUAAGUGUCUGGGAUUC